AUGGCCUUCAGACGAGAUAGAUACCUCACUAACGAAGAAAUAGAAGAAAUGAUAAACAGUGACGCAUUCUAUAAUGCGGUGUCAGAUGAUCAGGACCAUAUUGAUAUCACCGUAUGUCCUCCUGAAGCAGACUGUAUGACCGACGAAGAAGAAGGUCCAGACGAUGUUACUGGAACAGUGGAAGUCUCAUAUGUGCCAGGUGCUAUUGAAUUACAUUAUGUUGCAUCAGAGAAUAACGAAGAAACUAUAUGUAAAACUUCACUGCCAAGUACAUCCCAAGUUUCCAGAAGUAAAUCGAAGAAGAGACGUCUUACUGAUGAGAAAAGCAAUUGGAAAAAGACACCUACAGUUUAUACAAAGCUGUCUCAAACUAGUGAGCAUGACAUCAGCACAAAGAGAGAGGAAUUGAAGGAACAACUUUCUUCCUUGAAUCCGAAGGAGAUGUUUGAAGAACUGAUGAACGAAAACAUGUACGAGUUCGUAGUGAAAGAAACUGUGAGAUAUGCAGUAAAUAUGAAGAAUAUGCAGAAUUUUAUCCUCACAGUUGAAGAAGUGAAGGUCUUUGUCGGAUUUCUUCUUUUUGCUGGCUACCAUAAGCUCCCUGCUGAGAAGCUAUACUGGUCUGAAGAUGAAGAUGUUGGCAUACCAAUUAUAAAGACAGCUACGUCAAGGAAUAAAUAUCAGAAGUUGAAAACAUUGCUUCAUUUUCAAGAUAAUGACUUAGCCAAUGAAAACAAACACGAUCGCGGAUUCAAAAUUAGACCUCUCUUGAAAAUGAUAAAUGAAUCUUUUCAAAAAUUUGCAAUGUUUGAAGAAAAUUUGUCAAUUGACGAAAUGAUAGUCAAAUACUAG